CCUGCUCCUGCAAUCUGCACGCGCGACGCUGUCGCUUCCACGCCGAGGUGUUCCGGCUGUCCGGAGGGCGGAGCGGGGGGGUCUGCGAGCGGUGCCGGCACAACACGGCGGGGCGCCAUUGCCACUACUGUGAGCGGGGCUACUGGCGGGACCCCAGGCAGCCCCUCUCCAGCCGCAGGGCCUGCCGGGCCUGUCAGUGCCACCCCAUCGGAGCCACCGGGACGCAGUGCAACCAGACCAGCGGCCAGUGUCCCUGCAAGCCCGGAGUGACGGGCCCCUCCUGCGACCGCUGCGCCCCGGGCUACCAGCAGAGCCGUUCUAUCCGCCGGCCCUGUCAGCGGAUCCCCGAGACAAGCAGCACGGAGGCCACGCCCCCUGGUGUCUACACUCCAGACCCGACGUGCCAGAGCCUUUGUAAUGCGUCCGAAGCUCAAGUCCACAUGAGUUCGCAGCAGUACUGCCACCAGGCUUACGUUCUUCGAGCUCAGGUCCAGUCCGCCGAGCCCUCAGGCCCGACCUGGUGGCGUCUGAGGAUCCGCGUCCUGGCCGUGUACAAGCAGCGGGCAGAACCCCUGAGCACGGGAGUACAAGACGCUUGGGUCCCGCGGGCCGACCUGGUCUGCGGCUGCCUGACCCUCCGGCCGGGGGCCGUCUAUCUGCUGCUGGGGGGCCCGCCGGGAGGACACGACCCCACCCGCCUGGUCCUGGAUCAUCGUGGGCGCGCCCUGCCCUGGAGACCCCAAUGGGCACAGACCCUGAGGCGGCGUCAGCGGGAGGAGCGGGCAGGGAGCUGCCCCUGAGAACCUCUCCUCGCUGGGGUGCCCGCCCUGGAACCUCACAGCCUUCC